GUUAUUGCGGGGAUGAAAUGCGGACUGGAGCCCCUUUUGAGAAAAGACGGGGUGAUACAGUGAAACAUCAAACCAUGGUUCCACCUCGUUCAAAUAAAACCUCUGGACUUCAGCAAAACACUGCCUGCAUCAGGAAUAUUUGUAUACUGGCUCAUGUAGACCAUGGAAAAACAACUUUAGCUGAUUGUCUCAUUUCCAGCAAUGGAAUAAUAUCUAGAAGAUUGGCAGGAAAGCUGCGAUAUUUGGAUAGCCGAGAAGAUGAGCAGAUCCGAGGUAUCACGAUGAAGUCAAGUGCAAUUUCAUUGCUCUUUGUGAAAGAAAAUCAGGAACACCUCAUCAAUCUAAUAGACUCUCCUGGCCAUGUGGAUUUCUCUUCAGAAGUGUCCACAGCUGUCAGACUUUGUGAUGGUUGCAUCAUUGUAGUAGAUGCUGUGGAAGGAGUCUGCCCGCAGGUAAACGCCAUCACUGCUACACUCUUCACCUCCCAAAUCCUUGAAAAAAGGGCCGAGAAAGACACGGACGCUCAGCUGGAUUUUGAUCCUACUAACGUAGACCAGGUUUACGACUGGAGUGCAGGCUUGGAGUUUACCGAUGAUUCGCACCUUUAUUUUUCACCUGAUCAGGGAAACGUCGUCUUUGCCAGCGCAAUUGACGGCUGGGGCUUUGGGAUUGAACAUUUUGCUAAGUUGUACAGCCAGAAGAUGGGAAUCAAGCCGUCAGUCUUGCUGAAGACUCUCUGGGGAGAUUAUUAUUUAAAUAUGAAAGCUAAGAGGAUCAUGAAAGUUGAUCAGCUGAAAGGGAAAAAGCCUCUGUUUGUGCAACUGGUGCUGGAAAAUAUAUGGAGUCUCUACGAGGCAGUGACCAAGAGAGACAAAGAGAAAAUAGAGAAAAUAAUCUCCUCUCUAGGACUACAAAUUGCCGCUCGUGAAUUACGUCACACGGAUCCAAAGGUUCAGCUCAAUGCCAUUUGUAGUCAGUGGCUACCAAUAUCAGACGCAGUUCUUUCCAUGGUUUGUGACAAACUGCCUAGUCCUCUUGAUAUCACUGCUGAGAGAGUGGAAAAGCUACUGUGCAUUGGAGCCAAAACGUUUGAUUCCCUGCCACAAGAAACACAAGAUCUAAAAGAGGGUGAGUACACACUAGCAAGCUGAAAGGAGGUAAAGGAGGCAGCUUGGAUAGCAAUAAAAGAAAAAAAAUAGUCUUGUUAAAGGAUAAUUAGUAUCCCUAACUGCACUAUUCUGCCAUUUAACGUAGAAAGCUCAAAACAUUCUUAAAGAU